CCCGUUGCUGUCUCACUGGCUGUGUGACACUCUUCCUGCUGUUUGUAAGGCACGAUUUGAAAAGAGAGAAAUCUGUCAAUACGGUCUAGCCUCUAGAGGAAGUCACCACCUCUGGGCUCUUGGAAAGCAAAAUUAAACACUUCAAGUAUGCUUACCUAGAACAGAGAAGAUCAUGGAUUGGAUGUUUCACUAGGAGUGUAUUCAACAGUGCUGGAUGGUUGCAAUUAGGAGAAACACUACAGUGUUUGGAUGGAGUGCUAAAUGUGUGGAAUUAGAUCUGGAUCAAAAACUUUAUGAAAAAAAAAUUGCUGGAUAUUUAUAAAAAAUAAAAGUAAAAAGUUAUUCUACGUCAAAGGACCUAAGCAAUCAGAGACUGGAGGAGCAGAUCCAGACAGGGUGAAAGGCCAAGUUUAAAGCAACCCAACAACUAUAUAAUGAACAUACUCUUCUGGCAUCUGUUCAUGGUGUGAAAACUCAAGAUAAAGCCAGGAUGGACGCUAAAAGGAAAGAGAUGGACCUUUUGAGCAACAGCAUUGCUGCCUAUGCUCACAUAAAAGAUAAUCCUGAGAAGUUUGGCCUCUACUUCGUCAUUGGUGUUUGUUUUGGCCUGGUGCUUACCCUCUGUCUGUUAGUAAUACGAAUUUCCUGCAAGCCUCGUGCUAUGCCUGCACCACCCAGUCCAGAAAGAAAACAGUUGAAGGACUUUUGUGAAGAUGAUGAAGAUGAAGAUAGUGAUGAGGAGGACGAUGAGGAGGACGAAGAGAAUGAGGACAAAGUAGGAGACGUGGAGGCUACUAUUACCAACUGCAGCACAGAGAUCCCCAUGGGCAACCACCACAGCACAUUGGAUGGAAAUGUGAAUGUGUUUACCUCAGCAGAGGAGCUGGAACGUGCCCAGCGCUUAGAGGAGAGAGAGAGGAUCAUCAGGGAGAUCUGGAGAAAUGGACAACCAGACAUCCUGGGCACAGGAACCAGCACAAUUGGAAGGGUGCAUUACUAUUAACACUCAUUAAUAAUGCUCCCAGCACAAGACUUUUAAUGAAAAUCUUGGAUUCUAAUGUAUUUAGAGUGUUCAAGAGCCCACAUGUAAAACAGUGGCAAGCACACUUAGUGCACAAGAACAUAUAGAUGCUGAGCAUAUCCUCGUAGGCAAUUUUUAAAAUGCACUCAUAAAAGUCACAUUUCCCCUAAAGCUUUUUCAGGGUUGUGAAUCAGGUUUUGUACAAUGAUGUUUUUAUGAUCUCCAGUGGUCAGCCAUUUGCAUCACUUCACUAGGCCCUUUGUUCUGCUUUUUAAUUUUUUUUUUUUUUUUUUACACGUUCUGCCUUAUUUGUAAAUAGUGUUGUUAGUACUAUGCAGAGUCUUAUAUUACAUCAAUAAAUUCUUAUAUCACAUCCGUACAUUUUAUACUGACACUGGUGUCCUAUCAUUGGUUUAUUACCUAUCAUUACUUUUAUUGAUCGACAUAUAUCUUUUUUUUUCUUCUUCUUUUUUUUUACCAAGCUUAGGAAAUUGGGUUUGUAAAUUAGUCAAAUGUUCUAUCACUGGUGUUGCAUUUUAUUCCAUAGAUCAGACAUUGCUUAAGCUAAUAUUUUUAUAUACACCAAAAUCAGUGUCCUUGUUGUGAACAGACAAAUAAACAGUCUUAAAUUAC